UGGAAGGAGAAGGAGAAAGAGAGGGGUUAGCAAAACAAUAAAAAACGGAAGAAAAUAGAAAGGGGCAGGCGGAGUGGAAGUGAAGAAAGAAGCCCUUGAAAACAGGAGGAAAAAAAUCCAAAGGCAGGGGGUUAAAUAUAGAGAGAGAAAGAGUUGGAGAGGGGGGGGAGGGAGGGAGGCGGAAAGACAAGCGUAGCGCCGUGGCAGGGAAAGGAAGGAGGUGGGAGAGAAGCAAACAAGGCGCGCGGCGGCCAUGUGCACGCCAUGCGCGCGCGCCGCGUUGACGUGGUGACACCGCCGCCCCCGCGCCGUCUCGCCAUGCCCCCGCGGCCGCAAUGCGCCUCCAAACCCCCGUCUCCUCCCAUCCCCCUCGAGGUAGGGGACAUGGCGGAGGAGGCGCCUCCGCCGCCGCCGCCGCCGAAGCUGCUCUACAUUGCCGUCGCCGACGGGGGCGGCCGGCGGGCGUUCCGGUACACGCGCCCCGUGCUGCAGAGCACCCUGCAGCUCAUGGGCUGCAAGCCCCGCCAUGCCUUCAAGAUUAGCAAGAGAGUAUUCAAUGUGAUGAGGAGUGAAUUCUUGUCUACAUCAAAAUCAGAUGGGGAAACCAAAGAAGAAAAUAACCCCACCCCUGGCGUUGGUACAGAUUAUAAGCUGCUGAAUCCAAAAAUUUUGGAUAGAAGUAGCAGCAGCAUACCAUUUGAAUUAUACAAGAACCAGACAACUGUUGUUGUUUCAAGGGAGGAGUUCAUAAGUGUUGUAUGCGAUGCCCUGUCUUUGUACAAGUAUGUUGGACCCAACCAGAAAGCUGACUUGCUUCUUGCUUGCAGAAUUAAGGAGAGAAAGGAAUCGGUGACAAUACUCUUGUGUGGGACAAGCGGAUGCGGCAAGUCCACACUAUCAUCUUUGCUGGGUAGUAGAUUGGGUAUCACAACAGUAGUUUCUACUGAUUCCAUACGACAUAUGAUGAGGGGCUUUGCAGAUGAAAAACAAAGCCCUCUUCUCUAUGCCUCAACCUAUCAUGCAGGCGAAUAUUUAGAUCCUGUUGCAGUUGCUCAGGCAAAGGCAAAGUGCAAGGCAAAUAAACUCCCUAUUGUUUCUCAUCCUAAUACCAACAAAGUCAAAGAUGUCACUUCAGAUGAUAAAUCUCAUCAUGGAUCCUCAGAAUUACCUCCUCGAACUGAGUUGAUUGGCAGUAAGCAAAUGGCAAUAGAAGGGUACAAGGCGCAAAGCGAGAUGGUGAUCGACAGCCUGGAUAGAUUAGUUACAUCCUGGGAAGAGCAGAAAGAAUCUGUGAUUGUUGAAGGAGUACAUUUAAGCCUUAAUUUUGUGAUGGGGCUAAUGAAGAAACAUCCUUCCAUAAUACCAUUUAUGGUGUACAUUACAAAUGAGGAGAAACACAUGGAACGGUUCGCUGUACGUGCAAAGUACAUGACACUGGACCCAGCAAAGAACAGAUAUAUCAAAUACAUCCGGAAUAUCAGAGCUAUCCAGGAAUACCUUUGUAACCGUGCUGACAAGCAUCGUGUGCCCAAGAUUAACAACACUAACGUUGACCAGAGUGUGGUGGCUAUACACGCCACGGUUUUCAGCUGCCUUCACCGCCGAGAAGCUGGGGAGCAGUUGUAUGAUCCCAACACUAACACAGUUGCUGUGGUGGAUGAGGAAUACAGGAGCCAGCGUGCAGCUAACACCUUGGGUUCUAAGGGCAUGUUUCAGUUGAUCCAAAGGAAGGGGUCUUCGAGGAACCUGAUGGCCCUCCUUAAUACUGAUGGUUCAGUCACCAAAGCUUGGCAUGUAGGUACAAGUGGUGGCAAUGGGAAUCUCAAUGAUAGUACAAACAACAAGUCCGGGGAAAAUCCUAUGUUAGAUCCCUCACAUAUUGGGAAGGCAGAGGCAGUCAAUCUCCAGUUCGGUUGUUUUGGGAUCAGUGCCUGGAUGAGUGAUACCGGUGGAACUAGUCAUACUGGUAAUGUAGAAGACCUGAGGACUGAUAGCGUGGAUACUGGUUGUAGACAUUUUUCAUCAGGCUGCAGCUCGCCUAAGAUGUUAGAUUCCACUUCUAAGGAGCUUAUGGAGGAGUAUCCGGUGUAUGGUAGUGAAGAAGAAGAAGCUGAUGACCCACAUGAUGCUGAAACUGACGAAGAUCUAACCGACGAAGAAAGAGACAUUCACGAGAUAGAUGCAGGCUCUGUCGAUGAGCUCUCCACCAAGUCAGACGAGGAAUACGACGACCUAGCCAUGCGGGACGUGAUGGAGAACGGUGACUGGUCCGACGACGAGCAAGCUGUGAGCAGCACCAAGAACUCACUAACCCUGGAGAGCACCCCUGGAACUGGAACAGCUGAAGAUGGUACCGUGGAGGGCCGUUAUCACCACAACCUGGACCUGUUCCUUAAAAUGUCCAAGGAGGUAGCCGCCACGGGAAUGCCGUGCGCGUCUUAAUGCCACCGACCAGCCUGGGUGAGGAGAAAGCCAGCGGCACCUUCCGGCCACACCGUGCGCUGUUAACCGGCGUAGUGUUUCUUCGGCACCAGCUCUUGUGGUGCUUUGAGCUGUACUGUGGACUGGUGGCUGUAGCUUGAUAGCAUGUAUCUAUCCAGAGUGAGCUCACCUUGGUUGUAAAGAGUGGACCUGAUGAUUUGUCCAGGCAGCAUGUAUGCAUCCAUGGGAAUAAUAUUCCGGGCAAGCUUGUGCCCUUGCGGAAACAAACAUCCCGGCUGUUAAAAAAGUUCA